AUGGUCGAUGUUCUUUAUUCACUUGUGGAUGUUAAUGAACGAUUUGAUCAAUUAAUACUCGAUCAUCUCUAUAUUCGUCAUCUUAAUAUGACCACCAUGACCAUCAGAUCAGUAUUUGAUCGUAUCUAUUCAAUUGAUGAUCAAGUUCUUUCAAGAAUUUGUGAACAAAUCUUACCCCGAAUUCAUCAUCAAGUAAAUCAACUUACUGUCGAUCCACAUUCAAUGGAUCGUCUUCUUACUGUUAAUUAUUCUCAACUUUAUUCGUUAUCACUUGUUGAUUUUCAAGAAAAAAUUCUUCUGCAAUAUUUAAAAGGUAAUUCAAUUCUCUGUGAUCUUCUUUCUGAACAAAUUACACAUCUCUCUAUUGAUAUGGAAGUUAAGACUAGCACGCCACCAUUAUCUAAAACUGUAUCAAAGAUAUUUGUCUUGAUUUUAUCAUUAUGUAAACGAUUGAUCUCUUUAAAUUUUUGUUCAUCAUAUCGUUAUCGUUUAAUGGCGAUCCAUAUUUUCAAACCAUCAACAACAAAUUGCAUAUCUUCAACAUUAACUACAUUGAACAUUAAUGUCGACAAUUUUGCUGAUUGUCUUUAUCUUCUUGAUGGACGACUCAAUUGUUUAUCAACGUUGAUUAUUCGUGUCCUAAAAAUUCCACCUGUCAUAUCAAAGAUAAAGAAUACGAAAAAACUUCCUAAAUUGAAAUCUUUUUCAUUGACUUCAGUUCAUAUAACAAUGGCUUAUGAUAAUUUAAUUAUUCCAUUACUUCGUCGAAUGAUAAAUCUUGAAGAAUUGAAAUUAUUCUUAUCAGUAAUAAGAUUUGACUCGACUUAUAUUGAUGGUAUUCAAUUACACGAUGAAGUCCUUAUUUAUAUUCCACGAUUAAACAAAUUAACUUUCAGUAUAGAUACAAUUUUAUUCAACAACAAUAUUAAAAUUGAUCAUAGAUCGAAUGAAGAAAUUCAACGUAGUUUUAUUGGAAGAGUAUAUGGACAAAUUGGUUCAGAUGUUCAAACUAUCGGAAUGAAGAACAAAGGUAUAUGUCAUGUUUAUUCGCUUCCAUAUCAAUUUGAAGACUUUUAUCGUCUGAACAAUUCUUUCCAAGGUGGUAUGUUUGAUAAAGUUCAGUGUUUGAUUAUGAUUGAUGAAAUAUAUCCUUUUGAACAUCAUUUCUUCCAAUUAAUCUCUCAAGAUUUUCCUUUUCUCAAAGAAUUAUACAUAGUUAAUUGUCACCCACAAAAAGAUAAACAACAUUCAUCUACAUUGAUUAGAUUUCCUUAUCUUUGGCUUCUUGAUAUAGACAUGGCACAUAUGGAUUAUGUUGAAGAAUUUCUCUUCGAUAAAAACAUUCAUCUACCUCGUUUAUUAAAUCUUUCUAUUAAAUACGAAUCACUCGCAAUAGUUACAAACAAUUUUACAAAUGAUGCAGCACGUAUCACUUGUGGUAAAUUGAAAUAUCUUGAAAUAUCUGAACCAUUUGUUCGUCCAGAAAAUUUUCAUCAAUAUUUUCCUUUAUUAUUAUAA